AUGCUGCUCCGACAAGCGCUCCGAAACAAUUAUGCACUACGAACACAGCUGCCACGCUCGUUAGAGGCGGGCAGCUUGCGCACAAGCAAUGCACCCACUGCUCAGCCAAGCUGGUCAAGAUUUUCAUCUAGCGAAGCAGCGACAAGCGGUGCUGAGGACUCGGAAGCAUUGUUACUGGCAAAAGUCAAGUCCGGUAUCAAAGAAGCAAUGAAGGCGAAGGAUUCGCUCACCUCGACCGUGCUGCGCUCCAUUGUCUCUGAACUCCAGUACUCGUCCAAGCAAAAGGGAAACCAGGUCUCAAAAGUGUCCAAGCUCAUAACAAAGGCCAUCAAGCGCAGGCACGAGACCGCAAAGCAGUUCCGCGCCGCCAAACCACCCAGAGAGGAUCUCGCCCAACAGGAGGAAAUGGAAGCAGCCGUGUUGGAAAAGUUCUUGCCAGAAGCCAAGUGA